GAAAAUGAAUCAGAGCCCGGCAGUGAAUUAAAAGGGUUGGAAACCCGGCCUCCGAAGGCACAGGGUGCAUUCAACGACUGGAGUGCAGGACGGUGUUAUGGAAGGCAGUUCAAAGGGGCGAUUGUUACACCGUCCCGAACUGGGCUGGAGCGGCAGCUGUAGCAGAGUUCCAGUAGCCGUGCCGUUCCUGUUCAGGAAGAAUUGCCUGCGUUCGUUGUUUCAGUUCCUUUGCUGAAGCCUACUUCCUCCGACAUUUACUGUGUGAAAAGUGUGAUAUCAUUGCCAGCUUCGGACUGUGAAAUCGCUGAUGGGAAAUAACAGCCCUUGGCAUCCCCUGGGGAAGAAGGGAGAAACCGGAAGGCAAGCGUGGCAGAGAGCUGGGGCUCUCGCGGAGAAUUGUCGUGGCGCCGACCAACUCCAGCCCAGUCCCGGAGCUGUGCUACAAAGCUGGAAGAAGAACUGCCCCGGCGAGAAGUCAUUGGCUUCUCCACAGCUACCACCCGAGCUACGGUGUAUUUACUAUUUCAGAGUUGUUGCACCUGGGAUAGAAGGAAAAGGGCGGGCCGAAAUCCCGCCCGAAAAAAUGAAUGUGCUUUGAAGGGAGGAAGCAGAGUGCGGCGUAAAGGGGCGGGUAAACGAGUGCAGAGAGACCAAGAGGCGGGCCUUGGGAAGUGGGUUUGCAGAGAGCCGGACAUGGAACAGGGAGGCAGAGCGGACUGCCAUUGUAUGAUUGGACCUGGGUUUGGGUCCAAACCUACCGCAUCCUCGAUGAUUCUAUGGGAGAAUUCACACCUUUUGUGACAGGUGCAGGACCCAGCCUCACGACAUAAACCCACCCCUUGUCUGUCCAGAAUUGGGAAGACUAAUUAACCCACACGCCGUGCCAUUCUGUUGUCGUGAUCAUGGAAGCUGUUAUUCGUGUGCAGAUCAUUUGAAGUACAACACCCCAUGUGAGAGCAGGUGACGAGAGAAGAACUGGAUGGCUCUAGACGCGGAUUGGCUCUUCAGUCUACCUGAGAUAAGAUCACACUCUCAUGAAUUCUAACUAAGCAUAGAUUCUUGGAUAGCCAUCUCCAUUCAAGACUGCUUGGUGGAACAAACGUUACCAGCAGGGAUCUGCUUUCCCAGUCGCGGUGGUGUUCCGCUUAGACGUUCGAAACUGUUUCUUCAAAGGUUGCUCCAAAAAAUUUCAAGACUGUAUCCCAAAGUAGAAACGCAGCAGUCCCAGGCGUUGGCAAUGGGAAGCGUGCGUGCCAACCGCUACAGCAUUGUGUCGUCAGAGGAAGAUGGGAUGAAACUGGCCACAAUGGCUAUUGCCAACGGUUACGGAAAUGGAAAAAGCAAAGUUCAUACCAGGCAGCAAUGCCGGAGCAGGUUUGUGAAGAAAGAUGGCCAUUGCAACGUCCAGUUUGUAAACAUGAGCGAGAAGGGGCAGCGCUACUUGUCAGACAUCUUCACAACGUGUGUAGACAUCCGCUGGAGGUGGAUGCUGGUCAUCUUCUGCUUGUCCUUCAUCUUGUCCUGGCUGUUGUUUGGCUGCAUGUUUUGGCUUAUUGCACUGAUGCACGGUGACUUGGAUAAUAAAUUAGACCAUAAGCCAUGCGUUUCUGAGGUCAAAAGCUUCACGGCUGCAUUUUUAUUCUCCAUCGAGACGCAGACGACGAUUGGGUAUGGCUUUCGCUGCGUGACAGAAGAGUGCCCCAUAGCAGUGUUCAUCGUGGUCUUUCAGUCCAUCGUGGGCUGCAUCAUAGAUGCUUUCAUCAUUGGCGCUGUCAUGGCAAAGAUGGCCAAACCGAAAAAGAGGAAUGAAACAUUAAUCUUCAGUGACAACGCGGUGAUUGCAAUGAGAGAUGGGAAGCUCUGUUUAAUGUGGCGCGUUGGAAACUUGCGCAAAAGCCACUUGGUGGAGGCUCACGUUCGAGCCCAGCUGCUGAAGUCAAGAAUAACUCCAGAGGGCGAAUACAUCCCUUUGGAUCAAGUAGAUGUCAAUGUAGGCUUUGACAGUGGAAUAGAUAGAAUAUUUCUGGUGUCCCCUAUUACAAUAGUCCAUGAAAUUGAUGAAGACAGUCCUUUUUAUGACUUGAGUAAGCAGGAUCUGGAUAAUGCAGACUUUGAGAUUGUAGUAAUUCUGGAAGGAAUGGUAGAAGCUACUGCAAUGACCACCCAGUGUCGCAGCUCAUAUCUUGCCAGUGAGAUCAUCUGGGGUCAUCGAUUUGAGCCAGUGCUCUUCGAGGAGAAAAACUAUUACAAAGUGGACUAUUCUCGCUUUCACAAAACCUACGAGGUGCCUAACACGCCUCUCUGUAGUGCCAGGGAUCUGGCUGAAAAGAAAUACAUACUCUCCGCACCUAAUACUUUUUGCUAUGAAAACGAAGUGGCCCUCAUGAACAAGGACGACGAGGGGAGUGAAAGUGGGGUUCCAGAGAGCCCAAGCACAGAGACUCAAACUAACACUGACCAUAAUCAGGCCACCGUUCCAUUAGAACCUCGCCCACUGAGGCGGGAAUCCGAAAUCUAAUACCUAAAGUAUCUUUGUUUUGUUAAAGAGAGUAUCUGUCAAAGCAUAUUGUGCUUACUGUGGCCGGAAUAGCCAGCCAGGAAGGGUACUGUUAAAGUUAGGCUUUGCUCAAAAAAAGCUGCUGUACAGGAGGGUUUGUCCUUCAGCAGAAGAUCAGUUCUUUCAUACAAAGCACUAACUAUACUUUCUGACGCAACGUGAAGGCACAUAAUACUGUAUGCUGUAGCAUACAUAAACCAUAUAGCAAAACUUGAACUUGCAGGAAAGACUGGGUGGAUUGCAUUAUCUAAAGAUGGCUUUCAAUGGAAACUUGUAAACCUAGGAGAUUUCCAUCUGCUCUGAAUGGUUUAACCAAAUACCUGAAAGUACAGUGACUGCUGUACAAUGAUUUCAAAGACAAAGGUCUUGCUGUUAAUAAGUGAAUCUGCAGCUUAAAUAAUAUUUAUUUUGGAGAACUUAUUGUGAUCAAAAAAAAAAUCAGUAUUUACGAUUCCUGUUCUUUUUGAACACCAUCAAUUUGAACAUGGUUUGAUUAGUUUUCCACUAGUUCCUUGAUUACCCUAGUUUAGUCUCCCAAGAAUUGGUAACUUGGUUCUCCAUAGUAGUGGCCCGCUUACAAUUAUUUUGAUUGCUACAUUUUCUCUAAAGGGCAUGGUUCCAUGGUUAAUUAGAACUCCUGCAUAUGUAGGUAUCUUGGGGCAUUGCUCAUGCGCAAAAUUGUCACCAUUCUCCAAAAGCCUAGAAGGAUAUUAAUUUUGAACAUCGUAUUCAACCUUCUACCAAAGGCAUACAGGGCCAUCCCAUACCUCAAAAGCUGAGAUGCCAUGUUCCAAAAUGCAGGAAGGUUCAGUUUCCAAAUCUGAUAGUUUAUUGGUCAAAGGCACUCAUUGAUCUUAGGCAAUUACAGUCUUCGAUCUUAACUGCCCUCACCCACCACCCCAAUAAGAAGGGAAUUGCUCUCUUGAGAUACUUUACUGGACAGCAAAUGAGAUUUGGUUUGCAGUAGUAUUAGGCUACACUUCUCUGAAAGUCUGAUUAUGAGCCACCUUAAUACAAUCAGCUAACCAAACAUCUUGAAUGCCAUGGCCAUUUGUACUAGAAACACAACUGAGCCGCAUGCCUGGCUUUCUGGGAUGAUUUUUUUCCAUAGCAAAUUUGCUCAGAUCGAGUGUCCUGGUGAGCAAAGUCUUGACGGUACUUGCACUCAGAACCUCUUGAAGGCUCUGUAGCUUAACUGAUCUUCCCAGCUGGUAAAGAGGCUGAGUGGAGGCAUCAGCAAGGGUGAGGUCAUAGUUAAGAUCAUGUUGUUAAUGGAAGGAUCUGGGGGAUUUUAAUUUUUGUUUUCCUUUUUUCCUUUACAUGCUUUUAUUUCCUUUUUCACCUGGAUUGGCUUCCACUAAUUCCACAGCAGUAGCUAACCAGUCUUCUUGCAUUCCAAUACUGGAUUACCAGAGAAAGGACUUUUACUGCUGUGUUAAUGUACCUGGAUCGACCUCCCAAGUCUUCACAGACCUGUUACCUAUUCUCUAAAAGGGUAAUCCGUGAAAUUGAUCCAUCAGAUCAGUUCUAUGUCUCCAAUGAGGAUGUCAGCAGGAUUUACUAAAUUAACACUUCGGGCCAGAUUGUAGUAGUGAUAAGGUUCACUGAACUUUCUGGUAUUGACUCUUUGAAUACCAUUUGAAACAUGCAGAGUUUUAAAAGUAAGCUUUUAAGACUGCUCAUUCAUAAGCUGAACAUUGAGGGCAUUGGAAGUAAGAGAACAUUUCUCUUUUCAAAUUACCAGUAUUCUUUGGAAAGAAACGAGUUAGAUAAAAGUUGGACUCAUUCUGCGAUGAAGGGUUACUGACGUACUGAGAGCUGAGAUAAGAAGAUCCUUUUCGAACUACAAGUUUGUCUUCUUGUCCAAGUACAGCUUUGUUGAUGAGGAGGCUCUCAGAGGACUUGAAAUCACUUGCUUAGUAAAGUGGCAAGCUUCCGCAGACUGCAAGUGAUUAAUGGUCCUGUGGAAGUAAGGAACAGUGAACAACUCCAUGGCAGGGAGCCAAUCAGGGCUGGGAAUGGGAGUUGGGGUGGGGAUAGGCAUGGGAGGCAGGCAGUGUCUGCGUAAGGAAAGCAAUACACACAAGUGACUGAUUUAGUUAAGUACAGAGAGAAAAUACGCACAAGACAACUUGAAGAUGGAUGCCAGUCAGUAUACUAAUUAAAUAAAAAUGCAAAAAUACUGCACAUGCUGCUAAAACUGGUUCCUCAGAAUGGAAUUUCAACCAAAGAGUAUUUAAACCAGCAAAUAAAGCAAUGGGAGAAGAGCAGGACACCAAGGAGCUGGCUUACAUCACUUUGGAUUCGCCCUGCUAAAUGCUGCCAUUUCACUGAAAAGAAUUUAGCACAUUUAAAAAUAUAUUAAAAAAAUUAAAAAAAAACUUCCUUGAACAAUUCAGGUCUCAUCACCUGAUUCGUAUAUUUAUCAGGAAAGAAAGAAACAGCAUUUGUACAAAAAAAACCUCUUGCAAUAUAUAUAGUUUUGAAAAAAAAUGUACAGUUUAUAAAAGUUUAACAAAUAUUUUCAUAUUUAAAGCCAAAUGUAAAUAGAUUCAAAGUAAGAUGCCACAAAAGGAUUAAAACUGGCAGUUCAGUACUUGUAUCAACCGGUAGAACCUAGUUGCUGCAGGUUAGCGCGGGUUACUUGAUUUUAACAUUGUUCAAGUUUAGUAGGGUUUGUAACAACUAUGAACUUUCAUUAUUUAUUAUUUAAGCAUGACAUGAAAUUAAAACUCAUAGAAUAUCUUAAAAGCAUUUAAAAUAAACUGGUUAGAAUUUGGAAAGCUGCAAUCUUGUCAGAAGACAAGUGAGUUUAAAUCUCAUGCACUCUUUGUAUGAGAUUUCUAUAAAGAUAUUUCUUUUGGCCUUCCUACAAGGCAUGUUGAGAAAACAAAAUUGUGAAGUACUGUAACGUUUAUAAUGUAUAGCUGCUCUCGACCAUUUAAAUUAUUUAGUGCUGCAUGGUGGUCACCUCUCAGCCAGUAAGAUUUGUUGUCUUAUGAUCUCCAUAGCUUUCCCUCAAAACACUUGCAGCUUGAACAAGGUAGAUUUUGGAUGAUGUUCUUGAUUUCAAUUGUACUUGUCCCAAUUUUGCAACCUUUUUUUAUUGAUGUCUUCCAACUGUACUGCACAGAUCCACCAUUUGUACAGAUUUUUUAAAAAUAAUGUAUGUCUUAUUUUAUGGUUGAAAUAAAUUUUUUGUG